UAUUCUAGUUUCAUAAUCAUUGUCCGAAUUUUUUUUUUUACUACGAUAUUAAUUUUCCUAUCGGUAGAACAAAUAAAAAACCGUUUUCAAUUUUUGGCCAACAACAAUAAUCCGAAUAUAUGUCUAUAUAUUCUAUAAACAGCAAUAGUCCAAAUAUUGGACAAGAUAUAUCAUCAAAUGUGAAAUCUUUUCAUACUCUUAUAUAUUAAUCUUCAUUUUUAUUUUGAUUUUUCCCAAACAUAAAAAGAAAUUUAUACCCAUUCUCAAACUCUCCCCUCUAAGAUCCCCAACCUUGUUUGUUGUUUCCAUAAUUCCCUCACUUUAAAUAAACUCGAUCAGUUACUCCAAAACCAAAAACCCCCACGAAAACAAUUUUCCCACCUCACUGUCUCAUCUCCUCCAUUUUAUUAUCAGCCGCCAGUCUCCUCAAUCCUUCAAACUCCUUCAAUCCCCUGUUUUCUUACUUCCUUCUUCUCUGAUCGUAGAGAAGGAGGAGGGAAAAAGCUUGUUGAAUCCCUCAAACUUUGAUCAUUUUCCAAGGAAGAAGGAGCAAUGAGAACCAGGAGCUGCCAGCUUUUGCUACUUUCCGCCGCGGUGGCCUUGCUCUGUUCCGCCGCCGUUUUCGUCAGCGCCGGAAACCCCAUCAGGAACUUCGACUGGACUGUCACUUACGGCGAAAUCCAGCCGCUCGGCGUCAAGCAACGGGGGAUUUUGAUCAAUGGGAAAUUCCCGGGACCGACGAUCCAAGCCGUCACCAACGACAAUCUCAUCAUCAACGUCCACAAUCAUCUCGACGAACCUUUCCUAAUCUCCUGGAGCGGGAUUCAGAACAGGAAGAACUCGUACGUCGACGGAGUGUACGGAACGACUUGCCCGAUCCCGCCGGGCCAGAACUACACUUACAAGCUCCAGGCGAAGGACCAAAUCGGAACGUUCUACUACUUCCCUUCCCUCGCCUUCCACAAGGCCGCCGGUGGGUUCGGCGCCAUCAAUGUCCUCAGCAGGCCGAUGAUCCCCGUGCCGUUCGCUCCGCCGGCCGACGACAUCAAUUUCCUCGUCGGAGACUGGUACAGGACCGACCACAAGGCCCUGAGGGCCAAGCUCGAUAGAGGUCACAAGAUUGGUUUCCCCCACGGAGUUCUGAUCAACGGCCAUGGACCUCAUUCCCCUCCCACUUUCACCUUCCAAUCGGGAAAGACGUACAGGUUGAGGGUCACAAACGUCGGGCUACAGAAUUCACUGAACUUCAGGAUUCAAGGGCACAACCUGAAAUUGGUAGAGGUGGAAGGAACUCACACGGUUCAAACGGUGUACUCGUCGCUCGACGUCCACGUAGGACAGUCCCUGUCAGUUCUAGUGACAGCAGAUCAGCCUGCUAAGGACUACAAGAUCGUCGUGUCGACUCGUUUCGCGAAGAAGGUCCUCACCUCCACCGCGACUCUGCACUACCAAAACUCCGAUGGGCCCGCCUCGGGCGACAUCCCCAACUCUCCGAAGAAGAUUAGCUGGUCGAUCAAACAGGCUCUGUCCAUCAGGACGAAUUCUACUGCGAGUGCAGCGAGGCCGAAUCCACAGGGAUCGUACCACUACGGUCAGGUGAACAUCACGAGGACGAUAAUCCUGCAGAGCGCGGCGGCUCAGGUCGACAGGAAGCAGAGAUAUGGGAUCAAUGGAGUGUCGUUUGUUCAUCCUGAUACUCCAUUGAAGUUGGCAGAUCAUUUUAACAUUCCUGGUGUGUUUCAAGUCGGCAGCAUUCCUUAUGCUCCUCCCACACAGCCGAGGAAGCUUCACUUGAAUGCUUCGGUGAUGGAAACCGAUUACAGGACGUUUGUGGAGAUUGUGUUUCAGAAUCGUGAGAAGAUUGUGCAGACUUAUCAUAUCAAUGGUCACUCUUUUUGGGUUGCAGGGAUGGAUUUGGGAGUAUGGAAGCCUGAGAGCAGGAAGGGGUACAACCUCAACGAUGCCGUGUCGCGAUACACAGUACAAGUAUACCCGAGGUCGUGGACAGCCAUCUUCGUGGCACUGGACAAUGUUGGGAUGUGGAAUGUGAGGUCGGAGUACUGGCAGAGACAGUACCUCGGGGAGCAGUUCUAUCUCAGGGUCUUCACCACAUCGACCUCGCUCAGGGACGAGUACCAAAUGCCUGAGGACUCUAUCCUCUGCGGCAGGGCCAAGAACAUGAAGCCCUAAAUUUCCAGAGACGUAAUUCUUGAGAUUUGGGAGAGAUUUUAUUUUCCAUUUUAUAUCAUUUAAAACUCUUGUAUCUUGGGAUUGUGCUUUCUCUGGUUUGUUUUUCUCCUAUGUUCUUCUCUUUGGGUUGGAUUGUCAUCGUGAUGAUGAUGACUAGAAAGUUGAAUGGGUCAUAUCUUUUAAUCCAAAUUUGUUUUCUUCCACCAAAAUUCAUUGUUACAGUUUAUCUAAGUAGGCGAUUAGUGAGUGAAUAUGCCCUUUGUUGCCCUAUGUAAUGUUGGAUAUUGCUACAGAAGAAAUUUGGGAUACUUUUGAUGGGUCGGUGGUAGUGAUUAGGGGUGUUCAAAUGGUUACCGUGGUAAUAACCAAACCAAUUAAGCCUAAAUUUCAAUAACCAUGGAAUAAAAUAUCUUAACCAAACCGUCCAAAUUAACACGAAAACCAAAUUAACCAAACCAAAGUUUAAUUGGUUUGGUUAAUCGGAUAAUCGGAUUAACCAAAUAACAUAACAUUACAUGAAAACAAACAUAAACUAUCAUUUUAUAUAAGCAAUAAUAAUAAGACUAACCAUCCAUAAUUAUCAUCAUCAUUCGAUUCGAGUUAAUACAUCAUUCGUCCUCUCUGCAACUAAUAUAGGUAGCUUACAACAAACCCCUAAACAUAAAUACAUACCAAUACCCCUCAUCAUGAAGUUAAAGCUCCCCUACAAAACAUUUAAACUAUACAUAGUUUGAGGUGGUUGUCAUGGUAUUGUACGUAAUCCUAAAGUCUAGUAGUCGGCCAAAAUGUUUUGGUUUAACAAAUAUAAGCAGGCCCAUUUAAUUUUUGAUCCAUAAUGUUUUGGUUUGUUGUGCACAUGGAAAUAAAAUAGGGAAUCACAAAAGUUUGAUUUGGUUGGUUGCAUGGAAGUAUAAAUAAUUUUGUAUAUUAGGUGUAUCAUUAAUUGGUUUCAUUGGUUAGCAGUGUUGAAACCAAACUAAACCAGCUAGACCAAAUAAGCUAGAUUGUUUAACCAAACCAAACCAAUUAUCCAAAUUAACCAAACCAAAUUAACCGAAUACUACCGGUUAAUAUGGUUACCACGGUAACCAAUCCGUUUGAACACCCCUAGUAGUGAUGGCAAUUUCAACCCGGCCCGCGGGUAUUACCUGACCUGACCAGUGAUGGGGCGGGUAUUAUCCGACCCGCAGUAGCGUGGGGCGGGGCAUGUGUAUCUACUUCCGACCCGUCAUGCCCCGCCCCGCCUCGUUAUAGACUCAUUUUAUCUCAAUUUCUUACAAUAUCUAUACAUAUUUUUCCUAUUUUGACUUUUCUUCAACUAGUUAGAGUCGAUCUUUCAACUUGUUAGGCUCAGUUAUCCAUUCUAUUACUAGGCGCAAGGCAAAGGCUCAACGCCCGCCUUACGCCUAGCGCUUUUUUGAACCUUCUCUACAGUGAGCAUAAUUUUGUCUAAAUUUUACAUAAAAAUAAAAAAUAUUUAUAAAUUAAAGUAAAAAGAAAAAAUGGAAAUAAUUGAGGGUUUGGAGGUUGACAUAAAAUUGCCUGCGGCAGAAGCCUUGGGAAUUUAAGGUUCUCAAUUUUUAAUUUUUGUUUCAAUGAUAAUAAUUUUUUAGAAAUUAUGUGGAAUUUAGGAUUUUUUUUAAGUUUGAUGUGGCGGGCUGACCAUUAGUGAACGGUCUCUACCGUCAAAACUAACGGUCAACUCUUGGAUUUGGUCAAAUUAGUAAAAUGUAAGAUUAGUUCGGGCCACAAUGUUAAAUACCAAAUGAAUUGAUCAGUAUGUUAAGAUAUAUAAAAAAGGCCAGGCCAAAUAAAUAUAUUAACCCAAUAAAUAAUCAUCUAUUCAUUUUCUCUACUAUGUGGCCUAUAACCAACUUAUUAAUGUAUGGCUUUUCAGGUAUACCCCUCCACAAAUUAUACGGUGCUUUUGAGCUGCUGAAUUGGCAAAAAUCAUAUAUACACAUUCAGUGGCCUUCCAAUAAUCAAAUCAAGGGGUGCGU